AUGACAGAUGACGAUGACAGUGAAGAUGAUGAUGAAGACAACUUGCUGCGUAAAACUGGAAAUUUGUUAGGGAAGUCCAUUUCACUUCCAAAGGGCAUUAUAGAGAUGAAACCCUGUUUGAAUGCUAAUCAUGAGAGAGAGUCUUCAAGGCCACUCACUACAGUGCAGUUCCAUCCUUCUGCACAAGUUGUUAUGACAGCCGGCCUCGACCGAUCAGUGUCACUGUUUCAGGUUGAUGGCAAGUUAAACCCCAAGAUACAAAGCAUCCACUUGGAAAAAUUUCCAGUUUAUAAGGCUAGAUUUAGUGCUGAUGGGGAACAAGUAAUCGCCACAGGAUUGCGACAGAAAAUGUUUUACGUGUACGACAUGAUGGGAGGCAGUAUUAUACCUAUUCCAAGGAUAAGAGGCUUGGAGGAAAAAUGCGUUCAAGAGUUUGAUGUGUCUCCAGAUGGAACGUACCUGCUACUUAAUGGGACCUCUGGAUAUGUACAUCUACUGUCCAUGAAGACUAAGGAGCUGAUUGGAAGUAUGAAGAUGAACGGAAAAGCUAUAAAAGCUGGCUUCACAGCGGACAGCAGUAAAAUCUUCUCAAGUUCAAGCGAUGGUGAGGUGUAUGUUUGGGAUGUAAAAAGCAGGCGCUGCCUUAAUCGAUUUCAGGACGAUGGCAGCUUGUGUGAGACGUCUUUGGCGCUGUCAAAGAAUGGUCGCUUUGUAUCUUGUGGUUCCAGUUCCGGGGUGGUGAAUAUCUAUAACUUCGAUGACUGUCUGCAAAGCACAAACCCAAAACCAGUGAAAUCCAUCAUGAAUCUUGUGACAACAGCCUCGUCACAGGUGUUUAGCCCUCAAACUGAAAUCUUAGCCGUAGCGUCUCACACGAUGGACGACGCUGUCAAAUUAGUUCAUAUUCCCUCCUUUACAGUGUUUUCAAACUUUCCGGUACAAGGCAAAAGUAAAAUAAUUAAACUGGCGCGCUCAAUGGAUUUCUCUCCGCACAGUGGCUUCUUCUCCAUCGCAAACAACAAAGGUGAUGCUUUACUGUACAGGUAA